AGGUUGAAGCAGUUCUUAAACAAUGGAGGCAUGAGAUCAAACAUGAAACCUAUGACAGGUAUGAGGAGGACUGGCAGAGGUUUUUAAACCUCGACGCCCGAGUUGACGAGGUUCAUUUCACAGCUCUCCUCAUGUAUUGGGACAGCGAUGUCUCCAAGAAUAAAUCCACGAAGGAGUCAGAAAAUAGAAGAAAGAAGCUGCAUGACCACCACUUGGGCUCACACUCCUAUGCCAAUCUGAAGGAUGUUUAUUGUCAGGAUACGGGAAAAUCAUUAAUGCCAAUACACUUGAGGGCGAAAGCGGCGUAUGGCAUUUUCCGUGAUAGAUAUAGGGGUGAUGAGAAGAAUCGAGAUAAGAUCAAGGCAAAUCUCGAGUUGGUGGAGGGAUUUGAGGCUGCAUCAAAGGAGGCUGCAACUGUGUAUAUGUCGCAGCAGGAGGAACAAUCUGAGCCGGACCCUCACAUGCUUUCUGCAGAGGACAACAUUACUCUCACACAGCAUUUGAUGGGUCAUAAUAGGAGAGGGAGAUAUCCUCUGCAUGGUGUUGGAGCUUCACCCGGCGUAAGCAUGAGGUCAUCCACAGCAUCCUCCACACCAUUUACAUCCAUGAGAGCAGCCCCGCCUCGGUUCCAGGCUAUGCCAUUUGUCGCACGUAUCUCUGCAUAUUUGCUUGACAAGAUUGACUCGGAGCUACAUAUCCAGGUGACUAUGGCGUCGUAUUGUUGA